AUGGUAAGACUUAUAAAGUUGCCUACAAUAGGCAUUGCAUCCCUCUUCCUGCUCGUGGUCACUACCACGUCCUUUGCUGCUCGCUCACUUGAAAGUGCAACAAUACUGACACAUCACGGAGACACGGCGGAACUAGAUGACUACACUUGCGCAGCAUGGCAAGGUGAAUGCCCUGAUGGCCAGGUUGCCGCCUCGAGGGAUAAAUACUGUCAUUGUGGCCGAAAGCAUUGUCACUGUACCAAACACCAUUGCUGCAAGGAAAAAGAAGGUUCCGAAGAUAAAGUAGGUGAUGAGGGUGAUGAAGAUUCAGUCGACUACACUUGCGCAACAUGGAAUGGUGAAUGCGCUGAAGGCCAGGUUGCCGCCUCAAAGGACAAGUACUGCCAUUGUGGCCGAAAGCACUGUCACUGUACAGAACACCAUUGUUGCAAGGAGAAAGAAGGUUCCGGAGACGAAGUAGGUGAUGAGGGUGUUGAGGAUUCAGUCGACUACACUUGCGCAGCAUGGAAUGGUGAAUGUGCUGAAGGCCAGAUUGCCGCCUCAAAGGACAAGUACUGCCAUUGUGGCUGGAAGCAUUGUCAGUGUACCAAACACCAUUGUUGCAAGGAUAAGGAACUAGUGCUAUGAACAAGCCUGUCUAGGGAAAUUUUGUGCCAUCAACUUGUAUGCUGCUACGGCCGCGUAUGAUUGGCCUUAUUGUAUCCG